CGACAGGAUCGUCUGCGUCAACGCCGCGCGCGGCGAUGCCAUGUCUGCCAUGCUGAGGGAGCUCGCCGACGCGCCCCACCUCUCGAUGCGCCUGCGGCGCGCGCCGCACGAGACCGCCGGGAGCUCUUUCCACGCGUCCAGCCCGAGCUCGGCGGAGGGGGCGCACGCCGCCGCCAGCGCGCACGACAGCGGCACGGAGGGCGACGAGUCGCCCAGAAGCUUGCCGCAGUUGCAGCCGCUGCUCUCGGGCGACCUGGAGCUGUCCGAGUCCGAGGUAGCCUCGUCGGCGCUCCUCACCGCACGGACCUUGCUCACGAGCCGGGCUGGCAGCAAGGAGCACGCCAAGCUGAUGCAGACCCCCGAGGUGACAGACAGGGCUGCCGCCAGGCAGAUGACGCCCGACUCACCGAGGUCCCCCGCGUCGAGGCCAGCCGACUCGCCGUCGGGGUCCGCCGGCGUGGCCAGGUGCGCACCGGAGCUGCUGGAUCUGGACGCAGGCUCGGCGUGGUCCUCUCCGGCGAGCGGCCUGGGCGCCGGCCCCUGGCGGAGCGGGCCCCUGGCGGGCCCCGUCGUCGCGGCCGCGCCUCGGGCCGAGAGGGUCCCGCCGCUGCCGCUGGGCAGGCGCGGAGCCGCCGCGGAGCGGCCGCCGCUGCCGCAGCUGCCGCUGCCGCUGGAGGAGGCGGCCGCGCGGGCGGGCUAUGCCUGGGAGCCCGAGACGGACGAGGAGUACCAGGAGAGACGUCUCCCAAGCUCGUGGGGCCGACGGCGGUCCCCUGGCAGGCUGCAGCGAGGCCUUCCCGGGCAUGCGCGUGGCUCGGAGCCACCCCCCAGGUGCCCCGGCAGGGUGGCGGAGCGGGGAGGCGGAGCGCUUGCGUGUCCAGCCACCCAGUUCUGCUGGGGCUGGCCGCGAAGCUGACCUGCAGCGACACUCGCGCGGACAAAGUAAGGGGCGGCGGCCUGUUUCUCUGAAAGAUCUUCUGCCUGGCUGUUUCUGAUAUCAUGGGCCUCUGUUUGCCGGGGUGUGUCUGAUAUCAUUAGCCGCGAGGGCGCGGCAGCCUCGAAGGCGUGCAAGCCAGAAGGCACGGCGUACCAAGAUCCAUGGCUGCUCGCGGCGCCGUUGGAACUCAAGUACUCGGCGCGUUGAUGAGGUGAGUGUGUUGGUUCUGCCGGUGACUCUAAGCCAUGUUGCGCAGGUGACUGGCCCUUCCAUAUGCGACGUGGCCAUCGCUGCGACAGUGCAGAAUCUGACGCAGUUUUCUUUCUUUUUCCGCCCAAAGCGGCCACGCGUGCACCACAGCAUCGUCCCAGCAUGCCCGGAGGAG